UCUCUGGCCUCCACACACAAGCGGAACCGCUCCUCUCUGCCGCGCGUAAAAGCUCCGCCGUGAACCAAAAUGGAUAACGCGACACUUGCGAACCAGACUCUGGAGGUUUGGACCGACUACAGCCUCCAGUACAAAGUCAUCAGCACAUUUCUGCUGCUGGUCAUCUGCGUUUCGGGGAUAGUGGGGAACGUGAUGGUGAUUCUGGUGGUCCUGACCACCAAGCACAUGAGGACGCCCACCAACUGCUACCUGGUCAGCCUGGCAGUGGCCGAUCUGAUGGUUCUGAUCGCGGCCGGGCUGCCUACCAUCACGGACAGCGUCUUUGGCACCUGGGUGUUCGGACGCUGCGGGUGUCUGGUCAUCACCUACUUCCAGUACCUGGGCAUCAACGCGUCCUCCUGCUCCAUCACCGCCUUCACCAUCGAGCGCUACAUCGCCAUCUGCCAUCCCAUCAAAGCCCAGUUCCUCUGCACCCUGUCCCGAGCCAAGAAGAUCAUCGUCUUCGUUUGGGCUUUCACGUCCCUCUACUGCGUCAUGUGGUUCUACCUGGCGGACCUGCAGGAGCGGGUCUACUCCAACACCACCGUCCUCACCUGCGGCUACCGGGUCCUGCGCCGCUUCUACCUGCCCAUCUACUUCUUCGACUUCGGCGUCUUCUUCGUGGUUCCGCUGCUGCUCUCCGCGAUUCUAUACGGACUCAUCGCCCGGAUUCUGUUCCUCAACCCGCUGCCGUCCGACACCAAGGACAAGAAGAAGGACGCGCAAAAGAAGCAGAACACCAGCUGCAAGAACUCCCGACACUCCAGCUCCACCGCGACCUCCCGCAGACAGGUGACCAAGAUGCUCGCGGUGGUGGUGAUCCUGUUCGCCAUGCUGUGGAUGCCGUAUCGCACUCUGGUGGUGGUCAACUCCUUCCUGGAACACGCCUACAUGGACAGCUGGUUCCUGCUUCUCUGCCGUAUCUGCAUCUACCUCAACAGCGCCAUCAACCCGGUCAUCUACAACGCCAUGUCCCAGAAGUUCCGCGCCGCUUUCCGCAAGAUCUGCCGCUGCGGCCGCAAGAGUUCGGACAAGCCGGCGGCCUACAGCGUGGCGCUGACCUACAGCGCGGUCAAAGAUUCCUCCAUGGUGGAGAGCACCGACCACUUCACCACGGAGCUGGAGGAGCUGACGGCCACCGACGACCUUCUGUCUGAGCAGAAAAUGAUGUUCGCCGACUCCACUGAGUUCAGGAAAGUGAGUUUUCCUGACGCUUGAGAGCCCGCGGAGACGUGAGGAACAUGCUGCUUAAUGGACUUGGUCGGAGAGGGAGCUGCGUGUCUGAGUGCUCACGGGUUCAGAGGGAGCUUCAGUGACGUUUGAGAUGACACUGGUCAGAGCUCUUAAGCUCAUGAAGCUGGAAGGACUCGAUUUUUCCAAGUCAAAAGAGGUUGAUAAGGGUCACAUGCUUUGGAAAUCUUGAGGUCCACAUAGAGUCCUUCCUCGUCCUUCGUGAGACAGCUCAGCUCAGCGGUUUGAGGAACUGACCUGACGACUUGGUGGGUCUUCUUCAGGUUGUAAAUACCCAACCCCCAUUAGGUGUAAAAAAAAAAAGCCCAAUCUGAUGUGGUGUUCGGAAGCUUUCUCCUCAAAGGUCCUGAGAUGCUUCCAGGAUCAGGAGGAGCUCCUAAUCUGCCCCAGGGUUCAGGCGUCUCACAGCUCCGCUCCAAGUCUCUAGUGAACGCCUGACCCCAGAGACCGUCACAGCCGUUUGUGCAGUAUCCCAGUGGUUUGCUUGGGGUUUUCAUGGUGUGGGUCAGUGAGCCUCUUAGAGACCUCAAAAGAGGCCACGCCCCCCUCUCCCAUUAUUACUGCUGUUGCUUCGUACGGUCCAUGCAGACGUAAAAAGGUUUCAGGAACACAUUUCACAUUGUUUACAUUUUUUUUUUCUCUCACAGCGCCCUCUAGGUGUGGCAUGACUUGCACUUUAAAAACGCUGGCUUCAGUGACACACAGGCUGAGUUAAAAUCUGUUUGGACGUUGUCGGCAGUUUUGUCGGACCAAGGAUGCCUCAUACCAAGGACUUUAAAUCAUGUGUCAAGCACAAGGCCCGGGGACCAGAUCUCAUCCGUCAAGUCCUUGUACAGGGCCUGCAUGGGCCCAGUAAUUGAAAAAUGGGUUGAGGCAAAUUCAAAGCGCAGGAAACCAGAACCUUCCAUCACAAGUCCAUGUCGCAGCGGACUGCAACAUAGUUUUACUGUGGAUGUUUUUUGAAAGUGGAGGUGUUAACAAUUCAUCUGGAAGCUUAUGAAAAACUAUGGAUGGAAAAGAAUCAUGUGGAAGACUGGAAUGAGCCUCCGAUAAUUGAUCAUAUCUGGUCAUGGAGCCUAGUUUAGUUCGCCGCAUACAGUAACUUGCAAGAACUUUGGCGCCAGUUUGACCAAACAUUUCGCCCCUCCUCUCCACGAGGCCAUCACCGUUGUGGUUUGGUGUUGCAACCAGUGACCUCAUGUUUACAUGUCUUUCACCUUCUCCUCAAUGACCUUCAGUGUUUGUAAAGCUGCUAUAUCGGAGUUUAAAUGAUCCCAAGUGUGGUGUUGAACCUGACUGGCUUGUAUGGUGAAGCAGUGUUUUCCCUUUCGUCCGUGAUUUGUGGAUUAGCUCGGCACCAGCGACAUCACUCCGAGUGGUUUAAUGGAAUGAUGGACGUGUUUUGUGUGGACAAGCGAAGGCUGUCUUGUUUUCCUCUCAACAGCGUGAGCUGACGUCGGUGAUGUGAUGGCUGCAGCAAUGAGACGCUCUUAUGUGUUUGUGCACUUAACGUCCGUUGAAUUUACAGCGGCCACUUAGGGGGGUGUAUUUGUGCUUAUUGCUGCUGAUCAACGCUGUAAAUGUAACCGUGUUUGGAUCCCGUCGUCUUGAUGCUCGCUGGAUGUGUUCUGUG